GUUAAUAACUAUAAAAUAAUUUUUUAAAAAAUUUUUAAGUUAGUUAAAAGUUAAAAAUUCAAUGCCCGGAUACGAUUGUAAACGAUUUGUUGAUAAAACACAAAAACAACAAUUAGAUGAACUAAUGUGCGGUAUAUGUAAGUCAAUUGUAUGCCAACCGAUAGUCGUCCAGUGCUGUCAACAAGCAUUUUGUACGGACUGUAUAAAGGAAUGGUUAGUCAAACAGACUACCUGUCCCUACGAUCGCAAACAGUUAACUAUCGAACAGCUAAGUUCACCGCCCAGAAUUUUAGUGAAUUUGUUGUCAAAUUUGAAAAUCAAAUGCGAUUUCUGGGACAAAGGUUGUCCAGUGAUAACCACUGUUCAACAGUUGACGGAACAUACGGCUAACUGUCCCCAUAAUGUACAACAAUGUCCCCAAUGUCUGUGCAACUAUACUACCGGUGCUCGACAACCGUUUGAACACAACUGUCUGAAAUCGAUGACCGAAUUGAAUCAUAAAACUAAUGCCGAAAUAUUAAUGUUAAUGAAUAUUAUGGAAAAUCUAUCGCAAUGUAAUUUACGGGAAACUUUCGACGAUGAUGAGUUUAGUGAUAACGAUAUACUAGUAAUCAAUUAUUUUCUCAAAAUAAAAUUGAGAAAAUUUAUGGGAACUUUGGGAAUAGUUAGCAAAUUGUUGCAUCUAAUUGAUAGACGUGUACUACAGCUCCUAUGCGAUGAUGUUAUGCUAACAGCUUGGAGUAUACUAUGGAAUAUUACAGAUGAAAAUAAAUCUAAUUGUCAACAAUUUAUAACAAACAAUGGCCUGGAUAAUUUUCUAGCAUGUAGACAAUCGUUUUCAGAUAAUCAGGACUUAAUAUCCCGAAUGAUGGGUGUAUUGGCCAAUGUAGCCGAAUGUAGUCAACUUCGAUCAAAAUUAUUAACCGAAAACUAUUUGGACAUAUUUUUGCAACUAUUGGCCACUAGUAGUGAUGGUAUGGAUAUUGGUAUCAGUUUUAUGUCAGCCGGUAUACUAACAAAUAUUGUUAGUGAUGGUCCCGAUGUUUGGUCACAACAAUUACCUGUAAACUAUGGACGCGAUCAUAUUGUCUAUCAAUUGUACCUGGCUAUUGGCCAAUGGAAAAUCAAUACCAAUAAACAAUUGAUGAAUUACAAUUCAUUGGUUCCCAUAAUAAGUCUAUUGAAAGAUAGUGUACCCAAUGAUGCCAAGUAUUGGCCGGUUUGGACAUUGGCUAACUUGACUAGAAUUAAAGCCAACAAAUAUUGUCCGAUGCUAUUACAUGAUAAAGGUGUCAAACAAUUGCGAAAACUUGCAGUUAAUAAAUCAUUGUCAAUACAUAUCCGUGAUUUAUCCCGACUAACACUCUAUCAAUACUAUAAAUAUCGUGAAUCCCAGUCAUUGUCCGAUUUGGAGGAUUCAUCCGAUAUGGAUAUACCCGUAGAGUUUGGUCUAUACUUUAAACAACAUGAGUCCGAUGAUGAUAGUGAUAGUGAUGAGGACAGCAGUGAUGAUAAUAAUGAUAAUUAAGUUGAUAUUAAAAAUUUGAUAUUAAAUUUUUU